UAUAAAUAGAAGGUUUGAAAUUGUGAAAAAUCAGUCAGUUUGAUUGUUUUGUAGGGAAAACAAUUAAAUAAAUAGGAAAAUGGCGUUUUUUGGAAAAGUUGUUGCCAUGAUGCUGUUAGCUCAUGCUAUGGCGUUGCCGAAAAUCCAACACAGAGCCGAUGGUCCGUCAGGUUUGGAUUUCACCCAAUACUUCAAUAGCGAAAAAUUCCAAGAAUACUUGAAAGAAAAUCCAUCAGCUCUGGAUUACUUCAAUCUCCAAGGUCAAUCAACAUCAAAUAACGCCAUCCAGUCCGAUACCAUGGAAGAUUCGCAAGGCCAAUCUCAAUAUCAGAUCCCCAACUACCAAGAUUACAUGAAAAACUGCAUGUCCGGAGGUUUCCCCUCUAGCGCAACUACAUCGUCGAGCAGUUCCAGUAGCUCCUCUUCUUCAGCCGCCGGUGCCGCAGGAGCCGACUCUACCAAAGCUGAAAACAACGCUAACCCAUUCGAACAAUACAGCAGCCAAUUUUCUCAGUAUUACGAACCCUACACAAAUCAGUACCAGUCUUUCGAGAAAUGUAGAAAACAGUGGGAAUCAGCCGUACCAUCGAAUGGUUACCAACCACCAAAUGGUUUCCAACCACCUCAAGGAUGGCAACCACCUCAGGGUUUCCAACCACCAAAUGGUUUCCAACCACCUCAAGGAUGGCAACCACCUCAGGGUUGGCAACCACCCAGUGGUUUUCAACCACCUCAAGGAUUCUGGCCAUCCUCCACUUCCUCCUCCUCCUCUUCUUCAGCAGGUUCGGCGUCUAGUUCAUAAAUAUAGGUAUUUGUAACAUGUAAUUUAUUUUUUAUUUCCUACCUAUAACUUAACUGUCUAUUACUAUUUUGUAAUUUAUUUAAAAUAUAGUUUCGCAAUUAAAAUCGAAAUAA